GAUCGAACUGGUGCGCUGCGGAACAUUUAUCUUUUGUUGUGAUGUUUGAUGGUUCAAAUUUCUUUGAAUUUUGCUUUGUUUUAGGGUGAAAGCAUCGACAGGGUCUCUUAUAAAAAAGGAAAAGGAAUAAACAGUGAAAAAGAUACCUCUGUUAGCAAUGGUGGCAACGUGUAGAAGAGAUUGGAUGAAGUUGCAAGGGUGAAGAACCGAUUGUACAUGCGGAGUCUGUCCGUCGGUCGGAUUUAGAACCGAAAUUCAAUUUUUAGGAACCGACAUACAGAAAUAGCUUCAAAGCACCAUUUUCGAACGUAAUCUUUGGCCUUGAUCAUCCGUUGAACAUGCGUGAGCGGUAGGCUUCUCCGGCUUGGGAGGCUUUACUUUACCAUGCACACACACACGCGCGCGCACCGGAAGAAGGAUUGCAUUCUAUUCUUAGAAUCUAACCCAUCUGCAAGCGCCUGCAGCCAGUUCCCAGCCUGCCCUGGAGCACGCAAACACGGGUACGAGUAAGGCAAACCGACAUUACCAUACGAAUGGGCACGCUCGCGGUCGCGUGUUUGCUCGAGAUCUGCGGGCGGACACGGGUUGUUCCGCAUCCGUGCACACAGGCGCAAGCCGGAGGAACGAAACAGCGACACAAAGCGCACGGCUUAUCAUCGGCAUCGGACGACUCGCAUCGGCAAGGUAUUGCUGUAGCUGUAGCGAGAAGAAGAGGGGAGCCAUCCCUCUCAACGGCCGACCAUGUGCUGGCGCUCGCCAAGGGUCAACCGUGUUUGGCGAAGUGAUUUCAAAUGGGCAGCAAAAAAAAAACAACAACAACAAAUCUAUGUUGUCGGUCGAUCCGCGAACGGGAGCGGGAGGAAGCUGUUUUGCCCGAGCUGCUGUUGCACCGCUACAACCCAACGUAGAGAAAUAGUGGCGGGGGGGGGGAGAGAGGGAGGGUAUGGUUAUUUUGAAUCUUUUGCGAUCGCAGCAGGACGGAAAAACCUUAUCAAGAAGAACACCGCAUGACGAGGGCCUCGCCUGGCCCCUGACAUGGCCCGAACAGUUUCGGACAGAGCGAAAAAUUCACAACACAAGCUUUAUAAAAUAUGCCAGUCUCGGCCAGCGAACGGUUAGUUGUGGCAAGAUCGUCGUGCACGAAGCAUCCGGUAGCCGUGGUGAAGUGAAACAGAGUUUACGUACGUAGAAAAAUCAGCUUCCAGCUCUCAUCAUACUAUUUUUGCAGCAGUAGCAGCAGCAUCCCGCGAAAAGGUCAGCUAGAAAGAGAGAGAAGCUGCAGUAGCUCCCUUCUCCUUGCCCGUGUCUGUGUGCGUGAGUGAAAAAAAAGGCCAAAAAGGAGUAGCAGCAGCAGUGUGAAAAACCUUUUUGGUUAACAAAAGUGUGAAGUUUUUUGUGCGGUGUGACGUGCUCCCGAUCUGCAAAAAAAGUGCAAAAGGGCGUGUUUGUGUGUGCGUUAAAAGCCUAACAAAAAGAAGUUAAAAUGCCGCAAACAAACGGAUUCGCUGCCAGCAACUCCAACGGCCACAGCGGGUACGAGAUGGAGGACGGCUGCUCCUUCCUCUUCACAUCCGAGUCGGUCGGCGAGGGCCAUCCGGACAAGAUGUGCGACCAGAUUAGUGACGCCAUCCUGGACGCUCACCUGCAGCAGGACCCGAACGCAAAGGUGGCAUGCGAAACGAUCUCCAAAACCGGCAUGAUUCUCCUGUGCGGAGAGAUCACCUCCAAGGCAGUCAUCGAUUACCAGCGCGUUGUGCGCGAAACGGUAAAGCACAUUGGCUACGAUGAUUCCUCCAAAGGAUUCGAUCACCGUACGCUGAAUCUGCUGGUAGCGAUCGAGCAGCAGUCGGAGAACAUUGCCCAAGGAGUACACAUCGAUCGCGACGAUGACAGCGUCGGUGCGGGCGAUCAGGGUUUGAUGUUCGGUUACGCCACCGAUGAGACGGAGGAGUGCAUGCCGCUGACGGUCGUGCUCGCCCACCGGCUGAACGAGAAGAUUGCGGAGCUGCGCCGCAGCGGCGACUUCUGGUGGGCCCGCCCGGACUCGAAGACCCAGGUGACGGCCGAGUACGUGUUCGAGUCGGGCGCGUGCAUCCCGCAGCGCGUCCACACGGUCGUCGUGUCGCUGCAGCACUCGGACAAGAUUACGCUCGAGGAGCUGCGCAAGGAAAUCAUGGACAAGGUGAUCAAGGACGUGAUCCCGGCCAAGUACUUCGACGCGAACACGAUCGUGCACAUCAACCCGUGCGGGCUGUUCAUCAUCGGUGGGCCGCAGGGCGACGCCGGGCUGACCGGGCGCAAAAUCAUCGUCGACACGUACGGCGGCUGGGGUGCGCACGGUGGCGGUGCGUUCUCGGGCAAGGACUUUACGAAGGUGGACCGGUCGGCGGCGUACGCCGCCCGCUGGGUCGCCAAAUCGCUCGUGAAGGCGGGCAUCUGCCGCCGGUGCCUGGUGCAGGUGGCGUACGCCAUCGGGCUGGCCGAGCCGCUGUCCAUCACAGUAUUCCACUACGGCACGUCCAAGUACAACCAGCAGGAGCUGCUGAAGAUUGUCUCGGACAACUUCGAUCUGCGCCCGGGCAAGAUCGUGAAGGAUCUGAACCUGCGCACGCCGUUCUACCAGCGCACCAGCACGUACGGCCACUUUGGCCGCCCGGGCUUCCCGUGGGAGGAGCCGAAGGAGCUGGUGAUUGAAUGAUGCCGGCCGGCGGCCGAUGCUGCGGUCGAGCCGCCGGCGCCGGUCGCUGGCGUGGGGGAGCGUGCCACGUACCGUCCGGCGGGCGGUAGUGCUGACGGUGCGGCGACCGGUGCCGGGGCGGCGGCUUCUUGCGCCAGCGCUGGGACGGAAGCGAGCGCUUGCAAGAAAGCGAAACUAGAUAUUUAAGUGUCUUCAGUGUGGACGUAAUAGCUUGUUUAUUUUUUGCAAUCAACUUUUUUUUCGUCACUUAAUGAUGCACACACACAUGCACACUCCAGGCCGUGUGUCGUAGCAGGGGACCGUCUUUUCUGCUGAAGCCCGUCUUUAGCUGUCGCAUACAGGUGGGUGUGUACUUCGGUGUUUGUAACGGCUACAUCUCUCUAUCUCCUUCCAUUGUCCAUUAUCUUCGGCUAUCCCGUUUUAAUACCAUGGCAUAAAGCAAAAUGACGAAGAUAGUGACGUAGAUAUCCUAUCGUAUAAACAAAAAACAACUACAAGCCAUAACAGAAACACACAGAGCAUUUCAACACAAAAAUGAUGGGAAUGCAAUUGCCAACAAUAGCAAUGGAGCGCAAAAAGUAAUCGCGUUUAUGAAAAGACGAAGACAAUUUACUAUGUAAGAGCCGAGCGAGCGCGCGCGCAGUGUUUGAAAAGUGCUAGAAUUGUAAGGAUUGAAACAACAACAAAAAAGCGUUAAAUUUAUGGGAGUAUGUUUCCCCACGUUCGGCGUCGUCCCCGCACUACUCGAGCGGAGCUAGACCAUUCGGUAGGCCACAGUAGGACCAACAAAAAAAAACGAGAUCAAAGUGCGCACGCACACCCACAUUACGCGGGUUUGCGCAGUGUACUGCCUGCUGCAAAACUUGCUGUGCGGUGGGAGGGGAAGAUUGGUGCCACCACGGGAGCCACUGUGACACAGGUAUGUUCCACUAGAGCCACUAAACAGCUAGGGAAAUGCUUGUGAGAGUGUGCUCGCUCGUGUGUGCCGCAUGGUUAUCGACAUUUCGACGCAGGGCUUUCGAAUAUUAGAUUAAAGGAAGGGCACCACCGUCGUUGCAGCAAAAUGUUGCUACCCAUGAAGCACGAAGAUGAUGCGCCUGUAAACCGCAUUUAAUUUGGACUCUAGAUAUCGCUAUCGAAGAAGCAGGCGUAGUCGUAUUGCUAGUGCAGAAGAGGAGCUAGUAGUUCCAGCGUGUAUAGGAUUCUUCCAAGCUACUAGAUGUAGGCAGCUAUAGGUGAAACUUUCCUGGUCGGCGCGUUCUCAUCCCCGCAUAACUUUCCUAUCGUGAAAACGGUUUUUACGUUCCUUUCCACUAAAUGAUGAGUGAGCAUUUACACAAAAGCAGGAAGGCAGUGUUCAGGACGAAGCUAGGGCGAAAAGGUUAAUGGAAUCCAAACGGUGCUGUUGUGGAUGCCGGGAGGGCUUAGCCUUCCCGGGAAUCCCUCUAAAUCUAGGACACGAGAGAGAGAGAGAGAGCAGGAGAAGCUAGGAGAAUGAUAAUUUUACACACUUGAUGAACACACGCGCAUCAAAAUUUGGUUUUGCUUGCCAGGAAUGUAUCAUACUGCCAGUUAAAGACAGAGUUCAGAGGUCAAGAAGACAUGUGUUCGCUCAGACACACACUUUUGCACAAAUAUGUUCAUGCUGCCCUCUUCUUCUUCACCUAAUUUUUGAGUUGUUUUGGCAUUGAGAGAGAACAAACCAGGACAAAGCAGUGCAAUACCUGAAUACCGCCUUUGUUUUGUGGUUUUAGGAUUUAAAAUCCAUAAAUUUAAAUUCUAAGAGUACGAAAUCGUGACGCACACACACCGAUACACACCGGUAAUUGGCAUUAUUAAUUGCACUGAAAAACCCGAUAUUGUAGAGCAGUCGGCGCACACCCAACAGGUGAGGGGUAGCUUUAGAGUAGGUUUUGGUGUAGGACGUUUGGCAAAGCAGGACCAAAAAAAAAAGUAAGAGACAAACCCCCCCAACAAUGCGGGUUUCAGAAAACAUUUUUUGGAACAUUUUGUCAUCGUUGUUCAACCAAACCUAGUGCUCUUAGGGAAAGUCCAAAGGAAAUGCGGUUUUAUCUUACCCUCCCUUACCAGCACACGUUUUGUGUUGUGUUUACGAAAAGGAUUUUAUUUGUGGAAAAGAGCUUUUUCGAAAAUACUCCGGUUCGCCGAUUUGGUCGAAGGGUGCAUUCUCGGUACGACAAAAAAAUGGAGCAAAAUUGUGAAAUGAAACAGAAAAAAAGGAAACAAAAAAAAAGAAACUAGAUUUAUGUACUAAGCAGCGCACAGAUCGCGCAAGCAGAGAGGGAGAGAGAGGAAUCUGUUGUGCUUUCUAACAAUGAUACAAUUAAACAAACAAUGAAAACAUACACACAUAACAUAGAUGCCAUACACACAGCAGUGGCGGUGGAAGAAGAAUCGAAGCAAAAGAUCAGUAAAUUAUGGUACAAAAAGUGAAGAAUCGGUUCCACGCCACGGGACGCUGACAAUCGUACAGCGGUACGACCGUCGUAAAGAUCAAUCGUACAGCGGUACCAAAAGCGCUUGUUAACAACACGCUCUUAGGUUUUUGCACAUAGAAACACACACAUUUUAUAAUUUAAAAAAGAUGAAACUCCUGCAAAGCACACACAAGAGUAUAGAAAACAACAGAAACCGAAAAAAGAAAAACCGAAAGGAAAAGAAAGGUUAAAAAAGCGAGAAUGAAAAGCUAGUACCGAGACACGCUCCGUGACAGAGUGCGGGCGAGCACAACACCCUAAGCUAAUAAAACAAACAAACAAACAAAAAAAGUGUAAAACAUAUAAGAUGCAUCUUUAACAAACGAAAGCAAACAAAAAAUCAUUAUAAAAGUGUUUGAAACAAAACCAGAUUUUUCCCGCUAUUUUUGCAUGUGCGACAAGCAAAAUCGGAGAUAAUUGUGAGUAACAAGCAAAAAAAAAACAAAACAAAACAAACAAGAUGAUUUAAAAUACACCUACUUCUAUUCUAUUUCAAGUGAUUGAGAUACAUUAGAA